AUGGCCAAGGAAGCCCCCGCCCGCAGCGGGCUGACCAUCGGUAUCAACCGUGGACACAAGACGACUGCUCGCGUUGUUAAACCCCGUGUGUCUCGCACCAAGGGCCACUUGAGCAAGCGCACUGCCUUCGUUCGCGACAUCGUGAAGGAGGUUGCUGGUCUUGCCCCCUACGAGCGCCGAGUCAUUGAACUCCUCCGCAACAGCAAGGACAAGCGUGCACGUAAGCUGGCGAAGAAGAGACUCGGUACCUUCGGUCGUGCCAAGAAGAAGGUCGAUGAGCUCCAAGGUGUGAUCGCCGAGUCCCGCCGCGCCGGUCACUAA